AUGAGAAUGCAGGGCGAGGGAUUGCAAUACCAGCAGCUGUUGGCAGAGACAUCACACCAAGCCAAAACCAAAAUGAGCAAAAUAAUCGCCGUCGUCGGCGCCACUGGCACUCAGGGCGGCUCCGUCGCUGCGAGAUUCUCCAAGAUCCCGGGUUGGCGAACACGCGCCAUCACACGAAGUCCGGACUCGGACGCAGCUCGAAAACUCGCAUCUCAGGGGAUCGAGGUUGUCCAAGCAGACCUGGACGAUGUCGAGUCUCUGAAAUCGGCCUUUUCAGGGGCCAGUGCCAUCUUCGGGGUGACGGAUUUCUGGCAAUUCGUCCAGAAAGAAUCUACACAGAAACUCGCCCAAGCCAAAGGCAUCUCCUGGAACGAGGCCUGUUACCUACAGGAGGUCCAGCAGGGCAAGAACAUCAUCGAUGCCGCCGCCCACGUCGUUCAACACGGUACACUGGAGCGAAUGGUCUUGAGCACCCUCAGCGACGCCAGACGGGCCAGUGGGGCCAAGUACACAUGGGUGUACCAUUUUGACAGCAAAGCGCACUUUGCAAACUAUCUGAAAGAUCGCGCGCUCCAUGAUGCCACUUAUCAGGCACUUUCCGACAAUACAAGUUACGUCCAAAUCGGCAACUAUCUGGACAACUGGAAAAAGAACCCAAUUCUGGCCCCCCGAAAGGGUGAUGAUGGCGUCGUGGUGUUCCGGUCCAUAUCUCCGGAUGCCUCAGAGGGUGAAGGUCUGCACCGGACACCAUUUGUCCACCCACCCACGGACACCGGUCUUUUCGUCGAGGCUCUGGUAUUGAAGGCGGCACCACAGACGACAUUACUUGGGGCGUGCGCAUUGAUGUCCCUGUCCGAGUACGUGAAGCUGUGGGGAGACAUUAAUGGCGUCAAGACCAAGAUUCAGAUCUUGACCGCUGACGAGGUCGAUCUCACGUGGCCGGGAGGGUUCGGACUGGAAGUAGGGCAAACGGCCUGCUAUGUGCGAGAGUUUGGCUGGGAUGGCGGAGAGGGAGCCAUUCUACCAGAACAAGCAGGAGUCAAUGUGAGCGAACUGACAGACGUCAAAUCCUACAUUGAAACGACAGAUUGGAGUUCCAUUCUUGGUUGAGCAA